CUUACCAAGGCAGCAGGAGUCAUUCUUUCCAUAUCCACUUCCUAACUACAGCUACGUAACAUAACAUAACAUAGAGUACUUAACCAUUUUUCCUUGCUCAACCUUAGGCCAAUACUGUAGGUAGCCUUGUUUGGGUGGACUGCGCCUCAUCUCUGCGGUCGGCUCAAUAGUUGAAUAAGGCUAUCAGGUUGCCUCAGUCAACUUUCGAAACCGGAACUCUUACAAACGGCUUGCUUCUGCCUUUCAUACAUACAGGCACCUGCGAGAUAUCUAAUGGGAAAACUCGUAUCUUAGCUUAGAGAAGCUAUCGACCAUGGGAAGAGGAACCCGACCAUACUCAGACUCGUUUCGCACCGCGAGUGUCCGGAGCGAGUCCCCGCCUCCGGCUUACUCCAGUCGACCUCCGUCAAUAUACCAGCGUCUGAGAAGUGAACGAACGCCGCUGAUUCCAUCAGCCGUGAAUUCAAAAUCAAUACCUGAUGUAGUGGUCAAACCUCCCUUGGCAUGUCUCCAACUACUUGGCCUGGUGCUUUUUUUCCUGCCCUUCUUCUUCCUCUAUCACUUCUUCUCCGGGGGACCUUCAUUACCCCCACCCCCAAUCCCAACGUAUUCAGUUGCCAUUAUCGGCGCUGGACCUGCGGGCAUCUCUGCGGCCCAACAUCUCUACUGUAAUUCAAGAGGUAGACGCUUUCACCUCAAUAUCACCCUGUUUGAAUCGGCCCCCUCAAUUGGUGGUCAAUUGGCUCUUAAUGCUUCCACCGGCGGUCCGGUUUUCCCAUACGACGAUGACGAACAGAACCCGAUAAGCGCAGAAGAUAUUGCUGGUACGGCUCUCGUCUGGGGCAAUCCUCUCUUUACAAAGGCAUCGGAGGCAACGCUGGGUGACAGAGUUGGAUUCUCUGAGCGUCCGAGCCAGAUGGUUGGAUAUUACUCCGAUCAAGUCGUCAGCGAUACCACUCGCCCUUAUAGCAAGACGCCAACCACCAGCUGGCUUGGGCAAAUAUUCAGAUAUGGUAGUUCCGUAUGGCGUGCGGGAGCUAUGGCUAAGGAUGGAACAAGCCUACGAGAUCGUUUCGUAGACCCGCACCCGACGACGGAUCUCAUGCAGCUUAUGAUAUCCUUAGGUAUUCUCGACUCUGUGCAAGAACCUGCGCAAGAUGGACUUGACAAUCGAGGCAUCAGCGGUGGCUACGUGACCGAGGUCCUCGGGCCUCAGGUCGAGCGAGCCUAUUUCCAGAAAGUCUCAGAAAUCAGCACCUUGGCCGCGAUGUUAGGAGUGGCCCAAGAGGAUUAUGCCAAUUUCUAUGUUGGGGGGGAGUUGAUUGAUAGGCUCGAGCAGAUUAUCAGUGCGACAGACGCCCACGUGCGGGUAGGUGCAACAGUAGCGGGUAUCAAGCACGCAUAUAUCGACGAAGAAAAACCGGCAUGGCUUCUUUCAUACGGUGCCCUCGGUGUAUCUGGUAUACAAGCCGAGGCGUUUGACAAAGUCAUCAUUGCAGCCCCGGAGUUCAAUCUAUAUCAAGUCUCUUCCAUCGACGACAUCGAGGCCGCUUCUGUUCUGACUUAUCGGCCCGUAUACAUCACAUUCUUCACAACACCAUCGCGUCUCCGCCCCGACCUCUUCAGAGAUGACCUUGACCAAAUACUGUUCUUCAACAACGAGGCCGAAGACAGCCCUUUUACCGGAUUUAGGGAGCUCGCAUUCGUGAGGGAAGUCGUCCGGGUCGGGAAUGAUGGCAAUAGGGUCGUGGAGCACCUGUACCGGAUUCUAUCAGAUGGUGGUGCUAUAGAACAACUACGACAACUUAACCAAGAAAUCACAUGGAUCUAUCAGACGAGACUUGAAAAUGGCUACCCCGAUCUGUACCCAUUCAAACGAUAUCCACCAUUCAAAUUAUCUAGUCAAGGUCUAUGGUGGACAUCAGCUAUCCACUCUAUCGCGAGCACUGUGGAUAUGAGCUGGUUAGCAGGCCAAAUUGUCGCUGAAGAAGUUCUCAAGGAUUUGUAAGGUCGGACGUGGUCUCGAGGUGGAUAAUCUCCUUAAUUUUACCAGUAGGCGGUAGGCGGAUCAUCGAGGUUUUUGCUCAGCUUAGCUUAGCGUAGCGUAGCUACUUAAUAAGUCAUGAGAAAUGAGA